GUUCAGACAUCCCUUUGAAUAGCCUCACUAGCAACAUCUCCACCCUGGCGACCCGAGUGCUUACAAUCAAAUACGCUAUACCAUCACAAUCUGCAUUCUACUUCGACCACAAUCACGUCAAUCAGAAGCCCAAGUCACCGCUCGAAACGGUCCAUUGCAUGACGCUCAUAUCUCUGCUUCAAUUCAGAACAUGCCUCCCUUUAUACUCUCCCAAUGUAAUGUCGCCGACGGCGCCGCCCUGGCCGCCAACAGCAUCCCCGCAUUCUGGGCUGAUCCGCACUGGGUCCUGGCCUGGCGCCAUCGGACCCUUGAGUAUCACAUUUCGCAGAUAGCCCUGCGCUUCCCGCGCAACAUGCUGAAUAACCGGGAGUCCUUGCGACAUCAGAAAGCAGUGGAUCCAGAGACAGGCCGCAUACUCGGUUAUGCGCGAUGGUGCCUGCCACCGUCUUAUGGGAUAAGCCCAGAUGAUGGCACGCCGACAUGGCCCGAGGCCCAGGUCCCGGCUGUCGAGCCCGAAAAGGAGGCCGAGAUCCGGCGGACUGCCGAGACUGUUGUCUGGGAUCCCAACAACAAUGCCGAUGAGUUGUUGGAUCGCGUAAACGCGCUGGAGAAGGAAGUGACGCCAAAGACACCAUAUAUAAGUCUAGAAUACCUUGCUGUGCAUCCAGACAACCAGCGUAAAGGAGUCGGGAGAGCAUUGGUGAAGAGCGGGAUGGACCAGGCAGACAAGAUGGGGUUAAACAUCUUCGUUCAUGCUUUGAGAGAGGGAGCUGAACUGUAUAAACGAAUGGGUUUUCGCCUCAUAGCAGAGCUCGUCCAGGACGACUCUGCGUACGGUGGCAGUGGGGUGUAUGGUACAUAUUUCUUCAUCUAUGAGUCUGGAUCGAGGGUUUAGGGUUUUGCAUAUCCCCGGUCGAAUACUUAACAUCUUCCACUGUCUUUCUGCCAGCUUG